AUGGCGAUGGCCCCCCUCAAGCUCGCCGCCGCGGCCUGCGCUGCCGCCGGGCACCUCGCCGCGGCCCUGGCGCCGUCGCAGCCGGAGUCGCGGAGCCUCGCCCAGGCGAGCCAGGAGAACCCCGCGGGCAACCCGAGGCCCGCGGACCUCGCAGACUGGUCCCACGGCCCCCUGACCGUGGAGGCGAGCUCGCUCCACCACGCCGAGGUCCGGAGCCUCGUGGGCGACUACAACCUCAGCAUCGCCGCCUUCGGCCGCUGGGAGGACUCCCUGGUGUCCGCUGAGCUCCUCGCGGGGAACGGGUGGGAGAACGGGCACGUCAAGGAGCUGUGCCGCCUCUACCGCGAGAGCGGCGCCGUCGGCAACUUCCUCGACAUCGGGGCCAACAUCGGCACCUUCGCCAUUCCCCUGGCGGACUGCCUCGGAGACGGCGGGCGGGUGCUCGCCGUGGAGGGGAUGCCGCCCACGGCUGACCACCUCGUGGCGGGCAUCUUGGACAGCAGGCUGAAGAACGUGGACGUGUACCCCUACGCCGUGGGCGCGCCUGGGGAUCCGAGGCGGGUGACCAUGUCACUCAACCCUGUCAACAAGGGCGGCUCCGCCAUCAAGGGCAACAAGCCGUUCACCAACAUGACCGACGACCAGUUGCAGGACCUGUUCCACCCGGGCAAGAAGGCACAGAAGUACGCCCAGAAGGUUGUGGUGAAGGAGUUCUCUGUGCCGCUCACCACCGGUGACCACAUGCUCUAUCACAACCCAGCGAUGAAGGCCAUUGUCAUCGCCAAGGUCGACAUCGAGGGCUACGAGGGGAAGUUCAUCCGAGGCUCCAAGCAGCUGUUUACCAAGUACCCCCCGUGCUUCAUGACCAUCGAGCUGAUUCCCGAGUGGCUGGAGCGCGCUGGCACGCCAGCGCAGGAGAUUUUGGACCAGCUGACCUCCUGGGACUAUAAGGACGUCCCCACCCUCGCAGCGCUCAUGAAGCCGAACACCAACGCCAAGACCCGGACAGUGGCGCAGAGGGACAUGGCGAAGUGCCUGCAGCGCGUGAGAUCCUACGCCUCUCCGCAGUGA